ACCUCGUGCCCGAUGUGUCCGCGCCGUGUUUGCUGUCGUCUCGCGCGACAAGCUCAGCUUCGCCGGGUCGUCGGUGGAGGGAGGCGGAGGAGAGUGGAGGAAGGCGGGGAAGGACCGGCCCGCUGUUUCGGAUGAAUCCCGAAGACUCCUUCCCUCGGCGCGACGUCAGCCAGGGGAUCCCGCCGCGCCGGGCGGAUCGUAGGCGGCUUCUUUUUAUUAUCCUCGUUUCCUCCGGAGUCGCCCUCGCGCGAAACUCGCCCUCCAACGGGACUAGCUGUGCAGCAGCGACUCUCUCCCUCGAUGUCAACGACGGCGAGAGGCAGCAACACUCGCGAGGAACGCGCAGCGCUCGGCGCACCGGCGCGACCGUCCGGCUGAUCGACGACAACACGACGACGAUGAUGAUGAUGAUGAUGAUGAUGACGGCCGGAAGGAAAGGGACGCGGGCAGGAGGAUUUUUGAAUCGCCCUCGCGGAGUGUUUUGUCCCGAACGCUCCUCGCAAGGCUCUCAGCUCCUCGUGUCACGAACAUUCAUCUCGCUCUCAUGUUCCGAAAUCACGAUCGCGGCGUCCUUCUCCCGAGCGCCGAAACGUGCGCAUCUCUGCGUCGCCGGAUGUUGACUCUGCUGCCGCCGCCAAGGCGGACGCUGACAAUCCGCGGUUUGCGCGCGCCGCGAGGGCGCUGCGCUCGCUCUGCCGGCGCGCCCGGUACCUCUCUCCCCCCCCUCCGCGCCGCGCCACGGCUGUCAGCUGUCAGACUGUCAGGACAGAAAUUCCCUAGCGCUCCGGGACGGCGCGUCGCCGUCCUGAAUUUUCCGGCAGAGAAAUCGAAUUUUUAUGAAGCGAGGAAACGUUUUGUAGUAUUUACGAGAUUGUAUGUGGCUUUUUAGCGCUCGAUUCAUAUCAGGUAUCAUCUAUCGCUAUAUUCAUAUCGUAAUCUAAACUGAAGACGCGAGUAAACGUACUGCAUCGAUCCGGAAGAAUGAUAUCGGCGCAAGUCUAUUCCGAUGUGAUUUAAUGUCUCAUGUUUUGUCCUUCGUAACUAUGACUACUAAAAGGUAAAAGAAGUCAUACUGUCGGACGAACACGACUUGAAAGGGACACAAGGUGUAUCAAUUCUCAUCGUCGUCGUUCGAACGUCAAAGACAAUUUAGGCAAAAAUGAAUGACAAAGAUGACAGUGCUUGGGUGUUCGAUUCCUUGAUUGGAUUUCUACAGGGCCCAAUUUGGUCGUCGCCUUUACUGACUUUCAUCGAGGAAAAAUCCCUCGUUUUCGAAGCGAACACCGAAGAUUGCGAAGAGUAUCGGAAAAUAUAUCAAGAAUAUAAAAAUUUAGUCGAUUUGCUGCUGGGUUGUUUUAUGGAAGAUAUGAGUAUCUCACCGGAACAAUUUGAAUACGCGUGCACUGUUAAUAGAGACACAAAGAUUCCAAUACAAUUUCAACAAAACUUGUUUGAACAAAUAUGGGCGGCGAAUGAAUACGAGAUAUUCAAAAGAAUGAUGAUACAGAAAAACUUGGAACUUCAACUGCAAGCGUUAAAUAUGAUCGAGCAAAGAUAUGGUCUCACACCUGCCUCUCUUAUGUACGAAGAUGGUUUCAUCGACGACGAAUUGGUCAUGGAGGACUUGAUAACUAAACAUGUUUUGGAGCAUCAGAAUGAAGAAGAAGCAAGUAUAUCGCCCGAAAAAACAUUGAUUGCCGAACACGAACGUUUGGCGGCUGAAUAUCACAAUGAAAGGGCGUUAUUGGAAGAAGCAUUAAGAAAGUCAUCCAAGAAUACUUCGGAUGACGAAUCUAUGGAAGAGACUGAACGUGCCACAGCGUCCACUGAGAAAGAACCGUCAGAGAAAUUUCAUCAACUUGGGAAGAACGAGCCCUUAAAACCAAUACCGAUUUCAAAAAAGAAAUCCGACGAAGAUGAGAUAAAUGCGGAAGAUAUUAAAAAGAGGCAAGACUAUUUGAAAGCUAGACGAGAUAAACUUGUAGCUUUAAAAAAGGAAGCCAGAAGUCAGCAAUUAGAAAUGAAUAAAACUCGGCCGAGCUCGGCUAGAGUAGUUGCCGAAGCGACUUUGAAAGGACAGCAGGAACUAGAAGCAGCACAAGCUUUAGAUCCCUCAAUACUUCAAGUACGAAAGGCUCUCGCAGAACGACUAAAAGCUGAAGUUGUGCAUAAGUAAAGAAAAAGUUACUUUUUUCUGCGUGAUAUUGCUUAUUUACGAUAAUUUUAUAGACAUACAUAUAUAUACAUCUUAAACUCUCAAUUCCAGUAAAGUGCUUCACAUAAAAAGAGUAAAAUUAAUUAUAUUUUGCGGCAAAGUAGUUUACGCAAUUGAAAAAUAUGUUAUCGAAUAUGAUAUGUGAUUUAGAAUUUUUUUGGAAACGCAUAUAUAAUGUACGCAAAAUUGU